GAAAUCUUGUAAAUAAUAAUUAUAUACACAUUAGUUUAAACAAUACAUAUUCGACAAAAGGUGUCAGUUAUUCAUCUAGAUCAGGAAUCAAAACAGACCUGAUCAUAAAUUCCAAACAUGGCGGUUGCUCCGCAAAACGAUGAAACUCAAAAUUUGAUGGAAAACAAGCAUAAACACCAGCAUGCAGGCGAUGGUUGCUGCUCAGGUGGCAAUGGAACAACUACUCCUAAAAUGCCGACCAUAUUUGAUGUGGUAAAGUCGGGAAUGUUAAUUCCUGUUCAGACUCUAGUCGAAACUGAUGGUGAGGAAAUUCUAAAUAGCCGGGAUGACAAAGGACACACUCCUGCUCACUGGGCAGCCCUUGGGGGUCAGCUACAAAUCCUCAAGUUCAUUCUAGACAAUAAGGGGUUAAUAAAUGAACCAAGUGACAAUGAACUAGGGCAACGUCCCAUACAUUGGGCAUGCGUCAAUGGACAUGUGUCAAUAGUGGAUUUACUGCUGCAGAAAGGUGUGUCGAUUGAUGAAGUAGACACAAAAGGAUGUACUCCUCUUAUUGUUGCCUCACAGUAUGGCAAGACUGUAUUAGCUGGCUACCUUAUGGGGAAAGGAGCACGACUCCAGAUAACUGACAAAGAUGGUGAUAAUGCUUUACACUGGGCGGCAUUUAAAGGCCAGACAGAGUUAAUGCGACUUCUUAUCUACUCUGGGUUUAACCCAAAACAGCCUGAUAACUUCCAACAAACCCCCCUUCACCUGGCAUGUAUAAAUGGAAACCUUGCAGGAGUGAAGGAACUCUGUGAAAAUGAUGGAGUUGAGAUUGAGCUUCCAGACAAAAAUGGCAAAACUCCCAUAAUGUUAGCCAUGGGACGCAAACAUGAAGACAUUGUCAUUUACCUGAAGAAAAAGGCUCAAAAUAAAAACAGACUAAUACCUAAGAUCGACUUCUGGGCACUCUUAUUUGGUCCCCCAGGAAACAGUAAAGGAGCUCUGCUAUUCUUCUUAGUGAAUAUUUUAUUUUGGGGAUACCCCAUGUACAUAAUUAAGGCUAUUCCAUAUACUUGGUAUGAUCUGCAAAUUCUCCAUGUCAUAUUUAUUGUGUUGAACGUCAUUAUGUGGAUCUCAUUGUACCACUGUAACACUAUAGACCCAGGGUACUUGCCUAGGAAUAUUCCAGAAUAUGAUCUGGCCAUUAAACAGGUUGCACAUUUUGAUGAAUGGAAACAAGGACGUAAUCCACUAAGUCGACUUUGCCAUACAUGUAGAACAGUUAAAACAAUCAGAAGCAAACAUUGUAAAAUAUGUAACCGAUGUAUUAAACAGAUGGAUCACCAUUGUCCUUACAUAUACAAUUGUGUGGGCUACAAUAACAGGGGCUCGUUUGCCAUAUUUUGCUGUGCUGCUUUCUUAAAUGGCUCCCUUGCAUGGUUGAUUAGCUUAAAUUGUUGGCGAAUGGAUGACUAUCCCAUUUUUCAUCCCCCAGAUUAUAUGCUGGGUGGACUCAUCCAUGGCCUUGUCUUCAUGGCCUUAGCCACUUUUUUGGCUGUUAGUACGUUAUUCCAUGCAGCUUUCAAUCUCACAACAAACGAGCGCAUUAACAAGAAACGUUAUGACUAUCUCAAAGACGGUAAAGGCAAUUAUUACAACCCAUUUAAUCGAGGAUUUAAAUCAAACAUGCUGGAGUUCUUUCAUAUAAAGAGAGGACUGACAGAGGAUGAAGUGGAAUACUUAAAUGUUCAGUGUGUGUAGGCUGAUACCCCUUAUAUUAUCUCAUACACAGUGAUAGACUCUUCCAAAGUUAUUCUAGAGGGGAGACAACAUACGUAUAGGUCUAACACCUCUCAUGUCAUUACUAAACUCUUCCAAUAUAUGACUUGGAGAAGCCAUAUGAACAAUGAAAAUUAAAAAUGAUAAUGUUUUUAAAGAGAAACAAGUUGUUGAACGAAUGUUGUAGAGACGACGAAUAUAGUGCUCAAUACUGUAACUGGAAAGGAAUGCCAGAAAAUAACAUAUGUUAGUGACUAUUUGUGCCAAGCAAGAUUGCUAAUUGUAAUAUAGAGACCAUCCUCCAUUGACUGGCGUGAAUCAGUUUAGUAAUACUAUUAUUACCCAUGUUGAAGAGUUUAAAUAUUAUCACAAUACUGUACUCAUACUCUCACUAAUUUAUACUUGAUCUUAAGAUGAAAUAUUAUUACCAAAUUGUUCUGUGCCAGGAAAUGGAGAAUCAUGGCUGUCUAUCCUCCUUUUAUUUGGCCAUAUAAAUUCAUAUUAAAGGUACAAAGCUGUAAUUCUCACCUCAAUAACCUUAUAAUAUUUUCAAUUUAAAUUCAAAGUGACAUUUAACUUACACAAUCCAUGUUUUUUUUCAAUUUUAAGACUAUCCAUACUUAGAAACAGACCUGCUUUAUUGUUAUUGUUGAACUGUAGUCUUAAAAUAAUAACUAAGAUUUCUCAUUUUGAAGCCUAUAGAUCAGUUCUGAUAAUCCAUCAUCCAAAGGAUGAGUCUGGGAAUGCAUCUGGGUAUCGACUUAAAAAAUA